AUGACUUCACCGUGGAAGAAGCAGCCAGAGGAUGUCGUCGAUAGUGUGCUUAAGCGUGCAGAAGUGAGCAAGAUUGCACGCCGUCUCCAGAACCGCCUCGCCCUCGCAAAAUUCAAGACUAAGCAUGGCUGGGAGGAUCUCACACUCGACUCCAUCGAGCCCAAAGUCGAAGAGAAGUUACGAAGAAAGCGUCUAGCUGAACCUACCGAUGUCCUCUCCGACUCAUCAUCGAGCGCAUCCGAUCUUCCAUAUCCCUCUCGAGCGCUGAUGAGCUCUCCCCUCAAAGCACCCCUGUUUUCGGAUGCAGUUGGCUCCAGCAACGGCAGCACAGGUCACCGCAAGCGCACAUAUGUCGCCUCCUUCCACGAUGUUUCGUCCAGCCCCAGCAAACGAUUCCGACUUUCUCCUACAGCACACAAGUCCUUUGACAGGAACGGUGUAUGGAAGAGCUCACAUCAAUUAACACGAUCAUCUCCGCUCAAGCCCCGGCGGCAACAGCACUUUACAACCUCGGGCGGACCCGAUGUGUCCUUUUUCCAGCAGCGUCUCAUGAGCCGCGAGCUUACAUCGCCCAAUUUUGCUGCUCCCUCCGAUGACGAUGACGAUCUCUUGCCCAUUCACUCAUUCAACCCUACCAACAUCCGUUCGUCUCCUCCGCGUACACCACCAAUGCGGACCCGGUCUGUCAGCAAGCGGAACAAGGGAGAGGCUGGCACAGGUGCCAACGGUGGCAAGACGGGUGAGGAGGGCGCUGAUCUACUCCUUUACCUUGCGGCUUCGCCAUCACCAGCUGUCAAAAAAUCAAUCAGGACUCGCAUGGAGCCUCCUUCUACCCCUCCUCAGAAGAGCAACAAGAUGGAUCUGCCCUCUUCUAUGAUGAUGACGCCUGGUGGGGGUAACCUCUUCCCAACCACCCCAAGCCAAGCUUUCGACUUUGCCGAUUUCGUCAACAUCACUCCUAGCCCAGCACAGAAGCCAUUCAAGACACCAGUCUCAAUCACAGCAACUAGGACACCUGUGAGUGUGACUCAAAGGCGACUCACGUUCGACUAG